GCACAAGUUCGGACCCCUUCAAUCCUCUAUUGACGUCCGCAAAACGUUCGCGCAGUGCAGCAAAGAAAUCGCUGAGGUGAUUCUGAUCCAAGAGCAACUUUCAAAGAACAGAAUAAUCAUUGACAUUGAUAGUCAUGACAACGUACAGGCAUCAGUCACCAGCAGCACGACUGAGAGGAAAAGUAAGACAAAUUUUGUUGUCAAGCAUGGGCGGAUAUGCCUUCGACAUAAUGUGUUCACUGAUGAUGUGCCAAUUGUGGUUGCAUUAAAGGCCAUGAACAUGGAGAGUGAUCAAGAAAUUGUACAAAUGGUGGGCUAUGACCCUGUGCUAUCAGACUUAUUUGUGCCAUCAAUACAGGAGUGCGCUUCUUUGGGUGUAUUCACGGCACUGCAGGCGCUUCAAUAUUGCAGCUCGAAGGUCAAAACAAACCGCGCUAUGUGGGUGAAGAUCAAGAAAUCGAAAGUCGACGAAGCACGGGAUGUUCUUGCUAAUGUCGUACUCUGUCAUAUUCCGGUCAAUCGAUUUGAUUUCAGGCCCAAGUGCUUGUACAUGGCAGUCAUCAUAAGGAGAAUGCUGGAGGCAAUGGUGAACAAGGACGCUGUUGAUGAUAAGGACUAUGUUGGCAACAAAAGGCUGGAGCUUUCUGGGCAGCUGCUUUCUCUUUUGUUUGAGGAUCUGUUCAAGCGAAUGGUCAUGGAUUUGAAGAGGCAAGCAGACAUGGUUCUUAUGAAAGCCAACAGGACAACGCAGUUUGAUAUUGUGAAGUGCAUUCGCCCAGACACAAUCACAUAUGGCUUGGAGCAUGCGAUAUCAAGUGGAAACUGGACAGUCAAGCGUUUUAGAGUGGACAGGAAGGGUGUCACACAGGUUCUAUCACGGCUUUCAUUUAUUGCUUCCCUUGGCCAUAUGACAAGGAUCACAUCUCAGUUUGAGAAGACAAGGAAAGUCAGUGGCCCACGCUCACUUCAGCCCAGCCAGUGGGGCAUGCUCUGUCCAGCAGAUACACCAGAAGGGGAGGCUUGUGGUCUUGUCAAGAACUUGGCUCUAAUGACACACGUCACAACUGAUGAUGAGGAGGCACCGAUAGCUUCUCUCGCAGCAUCAUUGGGAGUUGAGGAUCUCAACCUGCUGUCAGGAUCUGAGCUCCAUGCACCCAAGAAUUUCAUUGUAUUUUUGAAUGGAAGUAUUUUGGGCGUCCAUCGGCGACCUAUGAAACUUGCAGAAGCUUUUAGACGGCUAAGAAGGGCUGGGAGGAUAGGCGAGUUUGUGAGUGUGCAUGUCAACACCCGUCAUAGAUGUGUGUACAUAGCUUCUGAUGGAGGACGGGUUUGCCGCCCACUGGUAAUUGCAGACAGGGGAAUCUCGAGAGUGAAGGCUCAUCACAUGCAAGAGCUAAAGGGUGGUUUUCGAACAUUUGAUGAUUUCUUAAGGGAGGGCCUGGUGGAGUACCUCGAUGUCAACGAGGAGAAUAACAGCUUGAUUGCUCUUUAUGAACAAGACGCAACAUCUGCAAAUACACACAUCGAAAUUGAACCGUUCACCAUAUUAGGAGUCUGCGCCGGCCUCAUUCCUUACCCCCACCACAACCAGUCACCUCGCAACACGUAUCAGUGUGCUAUGGGCAAGCAAGCGAUGGGUAACAUUGCCUAUAAUCAGCUAUACCGGAUGGACACACUACUCUACCUUCUGGUUUAUCCACAGAGGCCACUCUUGACCACAAGAACUAUAGAGCUGGUUGGAUAUGACAAGCUAGGAGCUGGUCAGAAUGCAACUGUGGCUGUCAUGAGCUACAGCGGCUAUGAUAUUGAAGAUGCCAUAGUGAUGAACAAGAGCUCCCUCGACCGUGGUUUUGGCCGCUGCAUUGUCCUCCGCAGGUACUCGACAACUGUGAAAAAGUAUGCAAACAGAACAGCUGACCGCAUUGUUGCACCAGAACUGAAGGCCGUAGUGAACAAAAGUGGAGCGACCAUUUACACACUGAACCCACGACAUCAGAUUCUAGAUCAAGAUGGCAUUGCCUCUGUUGGUGAGAUGAUCAGGCCUGGUGAUGUCUAUGUGAAUAAGCAGAGCCCUGUAAAUACAAGAGAUCCAGUGGCCAAUCCCAUGGCCCUUCCAGACAGUGCCUACAAGCCAACCCAUCAGACUUGGAAGGGCCCUUCUGGUGAAUGCUGCGUGAUUGACAAGGUUUUGCUGACGUCAAAUGAUGAGAACUCCUUUAUUGUCAAGGCCUUAGUCAGGCACACGCGACGCCCAGAAGUAAUAUUACUGAGCCCAUCCUCUAUCUCCCUUCAUGACCUCUUGCUUUGUGGACGUUUUGCUGUCGAGACGUUGAUCGGACACGGUUUCAGCUACAGCGGCAAGGACCUACUUUAUUCAGGGAUCACAGGAGAACCACUACAGGCAUACAUCUUCAUGGGCCCGGUAUACUACCAAAAACUGAAGCAUAUGGUGCUGGAUAAGAUGCAUGCACGUGCAAGAGGUCCGAGGGUUGUUUUGACAAGGCAGCCGACAGAAGGAAGAAGCAGGGAUGGGGGUCUUCGGCUGGGUGAGAUGGAGCGUGAUUGCCUGAUUGCCUACGGAGCAAGCAUGCUGAUUUUGGAGAGACUUAUGAUCUCCAGCGACCAGUUUGAAGUACAGGUUUGCACUAAGUGUGGUCUCCAGGGCUACUACAAUCACAAGCUGAAGACAAACUUCUGCGCAUACUGCAAGGAUGGAGAAGCGGUUGCUACGAUGAAGCUUCCGUAUGCGUGCAAGCUUCUCUUCCAGGAGCUUCAGUCGAUGAACAUUGUUCCAAGGUUGACACUGGCAGAAGCUUAGCAGUUUUGCGCUCUGGAGGGGGAUGGCACCUGGAAGAACAGGAGGGGUGAAAGACAGAGAGAGAGGGGGAGGCUAUGACGGUCGGCAAACAGAUGAGCUCUGUGCAGUCCAUGUUGUUUCCAUUUCUCGAUGUGAUGGAUCACCUUUUGCUUGCCUGUUGCUGAAAACCAAGGAAGGAAUGUGAUGUGGGAGAAUCGGAACACUUACGAGUCACGACCGAGUUUAGAUGCGCAACCGCAUGCUAUGCUUGUGCACAGGCAGGCCUUCGGCUUCGCCCACUUCGUGUCCUGAGGUUGCCUGGGGUUUUCUCCAUGAUGGCAUGGAAGAGGAGGACGGGGAGGAAAUGUAUUAUGAAGCCAAGUGUCCCGUCUCAGCAGGCAGGCACUGCAGAAGGAGGCAUACAAGUACCAGACCCCUUAGUCCCUUCGAUCUGGGACGGAUCUCGGACAGCAGGUAGUCAAAGAGGAGGAACAGUAUAGGAAGCCGUGAAGAAGAUUCGCCAUUAUGUCGACGAGCUGACAGACUGAUGUUAUAACCUGUCGGUCCCUUUUCUACGGAAGAUGUGUUGAGAAGAUGGAUUGGGUGCAGCACUUUUUUUUCGUGAUACAGGCGGACCAGUGAUGAGCAGUAGGUGGCCUCGUUGCUACUCAAGCGGUGAUCUUCAGCAAGACCUUGUAAUGAACGAAAUGACGGGAACAUAGGACAGGUUGGUAGGUUGGCCAACCCGUCGUCGUCAGGUUCAAAAUGGUCCUCGAUAUGUCCUACUUGUAUGUCUGUGGGAUCUCAUGGUAUGGCUGGUCUGAUCAAGAUGGUUGGUUGCCUCCCACCCAUCAAGUGUUUUCCGAAGUUGGCCAACCCGGGCCCUCGUCUUGGUUUUCAGGAGGGUCCUUGGUGUGUCUUAUUUUUAUGUCGUACGGGAUGCGACUCAUUGGAAGAUGUGCCCUCUCAACUUCCAUGUGAUAGUAAAGCCUAAUACGUCUUUCAGCCUAAUACAUUUUUCAAGGUUUCAUGUGGGUGCCCUAUUUUUAUGUCUGCGGGAUCCGAGGGGCGUGACAGAUCCGAUCAACAUGUUUGGUUGCCCACCCGUCAAGCGUUUUGCUGAGUGCUCAUGUAUACAUUUGUGGAGUAGGUGGGUAGCGCUUUGCAGUCCAGCUUGCAUUCAUGUGGACGUCUGAGAAGGAAUGAUAAUUAGUGUGUGUUGGCUGAACUUCGGACCAUUCAGAUAUUCUCAAAUGGCAAUCAAUUUUCAAGGACGAA